ACACCACAAUGUCCACAACUGCAAAUCACAAAAAAAAAAGAAAAAAAAGAAAAGAAAAUAGAAGGUCCACAACUUGGUGUGGGCAACCAUUCAAUAAUACGUGAAGGACACAGUGGAAAUCCACUGGCUGCAAUAACCCAAUCCGACCUAGUGCGGGAAUUGUUACUUUCAUUAUAUGGGUCAUAUGGACUGAAUUUUAUAUCCAGGUAAUUUUAGAAGCUUUGAACUAGUCUUAGUGUAGGCUAGGAUGCAAAUAUCCUAUCUAGUCCUAUUUCCAAGCCAACACAACAUAUGUGGCCCGAGUUUGAUGUUAGUCACUUUUUAUUUGGUACAAUUGUAGCUAUUUCUAAAAUAGUACUUUUGCAGGUACUUUUGAUGUGGUGGUGGUGAACUUAUAUCCCUUCUAUGAGAAAGUUUCCUCUACUGAUGGAAUAGCAUUUGAUGAUGCAAUUGAGAACAUUGAUAUUGGUGGUCCAACCAUGAUUAGAGCCGCUGCAAAGAAUCACAAAGAUGUCUUGGUUGUCGUUGAUUCACAAGACUAUCCUAGACUCCUAGAAUUUCUUCAAGGAAAUCAGGAUGACCAGGAGUUCCGAAUGAUGCUUGCUUGGAAGGCUUUUCAACAUUCUGGUUUAUAUGAUUGUGCAGUUAGUGAGUGGCUGUGGAAGCAGCCGACUGUUGGAGGCGAGUAUCCUCUCAGCUUUGCAGUGCCUCUCUCGCUCAAAUCUUCACUUCGUUAUGGUGAAAAUCCUCAUCAAACGGCUGCAGUUUAUGUGGAUAAGAGACUCUCUGAGGUUAAUGCUGGUGGUAUUGCAUCUGCUAUUCAGCACCAUGGGAAGGAGAUGUCAUUUAAUAACUAUCUAGAUGCUGAUGCAGCUUGGAAUUGUGUGCGCGACUUUAAUAAUCCCACUUGUGUAAUUGUAAAGCACACAAAUCCUUGUGGUGUAGCUUCACGUGAUGAUAUCAUUGAAGCUUACAGAUUGGCUGUUAAAGCAGAUCCAGUGAGUGCAUUCUUGGGGUAUACUGCCUCUACCAUUGUUGACCCUGUUGGGGGAGUUGGAGGUAUAUGGCUGAUUUGGGAUCCUACCCAAGUUUCUGUUAGUGCACAUAUUGCCAACUCCCAACUUAUUCAAGCUACUGUGAAACGUGAGAAUUUUAAAGAAUGGGUUCUUGCUGCAGUCUAUGCCAGUCCUAAUCCUGGCAUCCGUCAAAACCUCUGGAAUGAUCUAGAGAACACUUCAAGCUUAAUGGUUAGGCCUUGGCUUAUUGCAGGUACCAUCCUCCCCAUUUCUUAA